AGGGCCCAGCCGCAAAUGGCCCAGGCGGGGGCGGGCGUGCUCGGGGGUGCUGAGGGCCCGCCUGGCACCCCCGUCCUGGAGGGCGAGGGCACGGGGGCUCCCGCGUCCCAGGUCGCUGAGGGCUGUGCGGGCCCCGAGCGGCCACUGAGCGGCCCGGGGGACGGGGCCCGGCGCCGACUGCCGAGCGCUGAGGCGGCCGCCAUCUUGGCUCGCGUCGAGGCCGGCGGUGGCGGCAGAGGCGUGCUGGGGGCGAGCUGUGAGGAAUUCCUGCAGGCUUGUGCGGCCCCUCUGCAAGUGAGUGCCCGCAGGGAAGGCCGGGCCGAGGCCCGCAGCGAGAUGGGAGGCGGCAGCCCUCGGGGGCAGCGCGCCUACGGGGAAGGCCCCGAGGGGCUGUCUUCCGGCUCAGAGGCCUCCUCCGAGCUGGAGGACGUGCAGCCCAGGAGGGGGAGCAUUCGGCUGAAAGCAGGGGGCCAGGCCAAGGGCAGCAGCUCCGAGGUUCUGGCAGAGAGCCCCAGGCACGCGACUCCCCACAGCAGGGAGCAGUUCGCCCCCACGCCAGGCCCUCCCCGCACCUCUGCGCGGGGUCCCACUUGCCACCCAGAAAGGCCGGCGGCGGGGGAGCUGGGGCCCUCUGCCUCUAAGAAAAUGCAGGGCGAGGUGUCCGGGAAGGCAGGGGCCAGGCCAAGGCACCCAGGAGCGGCUGCAGCUGCUGCCAGGGCAGGGGGCUGCUCUCAGGCCACUCCCCGGAGGAAGGUGACCCAGGAGAACCCCCCAGGGGUUGCCCCCGAAGUUGGCCCGGGCGCAGCCUUUGCUCCCUGGCUCCAGAGGCAAGCCACAGCUCCCCGGGAAGCGGCCGGCUUGCUCCCAUUCUGCGCUUCACUGCUUGGCAAGCCCAGCACAGCGUUCCCUUGGGGACGCAAGCCGUCGAAGCAGGGUGGCGCUGGGAAGAAAGCUCAGGCCAGGAGGAAGUCCCAGGCUGUGGAGACUCGAGAGAGUGGCGCGAAGAGAGAUCCAGUCGCCGGUGCGCACUUUCUGUCUAGCAGGCCCCCGACGUCUUACCAGCAUCGUGGAGAAUUCAGCAUGGGGUCCCUACCCCCCAAGAAGUACGAGCUCUGAGGAACCUGCAGUCCCUGUUGCAGAGCUCGGGAGCUGUCCCACCUAGAGGCCGUGCACGCUCCGGAGACCAGGAGCCACCUGUCCGUCCUCGGAGACCAGCAGUGCAGCAGUUACCACCUGGAAUCGAGGGCUGUCCUCGGUGUGUUGUGCUACAGAAGGAGGUAGAAGACCUUAAAGAAGAACUAGGUAUGACAAAGCCCAGGCUGGGAUGGGACUGGGGCAGACCAAGUAGUCGUUUUGUGAGCAAGCAGUCACUUUGCAGGUGCCAGAGCAUGGGGUGGAGGUGGGUUGCGGGUGCGGGCAGUAACACUGGGACCCUCAUUCCAGAGGAGAGCAGAACCAAGCAGGCCUCCUGGAGCUCUGUGUGUUUUUGUAGCCAGGGGUUGCACAGGGGGAAGUGCACUUCCGAGCUGAAUUUUGCCAAAGAGACCCAGAGAUCUCCUUCCUCGAGAUGUUUAGAGCUACUGCAUGGGUUUGGCCUGGUGGUGGUGCUUGUUGUGACUUGUGAGGGUUCUGCUGUUGGUUGGUUGGUUGCUGUUUAACAUGUUCUGAAUGGUUCUGAUACGACCCGACGAUUGAGAACCACUGGUCCGUUUUGGUCCUGUUUAGAAGAAGUUUCCACAGCCAUCUUGAUGUGCAUCACUGAGAAGUUCGGGGGGAUGUGAAGGGGAACCCAGAAUCCUCCACCAGACACAGAGCCGCUUCCCUCCAGAUACACGUCAAUAGGACCUUCCUCUCUGCGUCUGCUUUUGCCCCUUCCCCAGUUCACCCCAGUUCCAAGUUAAAUUACCUCUCGUGUUCUGUGCUCUGCCCUCUCUGGCGCAUUGGGAGCUGCACCAUGUCCGAGCGUUUUACACGCAGUUCCCCUGUUCUGUUUGCACCACAAUAAACUUGUGUUUUAAUUGCA